GGGGCCCACCGACAGGAUGCUGGACACAGCGGGCGAGCAGGAUGACGGGACCUUGGAGGGCUCCAGGAGCUCGAGGAGCCGACACGAGUACACCAAGAACAACAUUUAGUCCAGCUACCCAAACCAGUCCAGUCAUGCAGGUACAAGAAGAUGGAGACAACCUCAUGCCUUUUGCCAAGUGUUCCAAAGUGGUCAGCCGAUCUACACCCCUAUCCCUGCCUUCCCAGAGCCUCAAACCAAUGGCCCAACAUUAUGGUGAUGUCUUUUGGGAGAACCUUACCCAAAGGUCCAACCCCAACUGGAUGGAGGAACAAUCCAUUCCACCCAAGUUGAGAGGCACUGGUUGCUCCCAGCCUGGCAUAUACCCUCCUGAGGGGCUACUUCCUCCUGAGAUGCUUUGCGGAAGAAAGAGAAAAAGGCUGCAUUUGGAGAAAAUACAUCAGAGACCUGGAGGCAUCCCAGCCCGUGUCAGGGCUGUCACUUUUCACCUGGAGGACCUGAAGAGGCGCCAGAGAACCAUCAAUGAGCUGAAGAAGGCUCAGUGGGGCAGCUGCAGGGUUGCACCUGAGCCCCUGCUGCUUGAGGCAGAAGGCUCUAGAUUCCCUGGAACCACUGAAAACUGUGAUCUGCAAUUGAAGAGGGCAACAACCUUUCUACAGGAAGAGGGCCAUUUUGUCCAUCCCGACAGGGCCCAGCUGCUUUGGUCCCCCUGGAGUCCUCUGGGCCAGGAGAGUUUUUGUGCCUCUGGGAGGCUGAGUUCUUUUUCCUGCAGCGCUGUUACAGCCACAAGAAACCCUGUUCACAAUCUCACGGAGAUGGAGCCUGAGGAGUAGGAAAAAAACAUCCAAAUCCAACACGUUUACGUUGCUUCAUGACCCAAGACAAGUUCCAUCACCAACAUCGCCCCACUGCGGACCAGGACGUGUUUCCUUCAUUUGGCCUUCGCACUCACUUAGGCUUCACAGCCCCCCGGGCCCUUGGGGCUCCCGUCGAAACUGCCCUUUCACAGUUAUU